AUGGCUCCGCGGCUGCUGCUGUCGCUGCUGCUGCCGGUGCUGGCGGCGGCAGCCGGAGCGGGAGGCGAAGGGCGUCGGGCGGCGACCCCCGACGGGACGGUCGCCAACUUGACGGUAGCGGUAGUGCUGCCGGAGCGCAACGUGAGCUACGCGUGGGCUUGGCCCCGCGUGGGGCCGGCGCUGAGCCUGGCGCUGGAAGCGCUGGAGCGGGGUGAGCCUCCGCUCCUGCCGCGGCCCUUCUCGGUGCGCGUCGAGUUCAUGAGCUCGGAGCUGGAGGGCGCUUGCUCCGAGUACGUGGCACCGCUCAACGCCGUGGAUCUGAAGCUCUACCACGACCCCGACGUCCUUUUUGGGCCAGGCUGCGUCUACCCUGCCGCUUCCGUGGGUCGCUUUGCCUCGCACUGGCGGCUGCCGCUUAUCACUGGCGGGGCGGUAGCGGCCGGCUUCAGCCGAAAACGGGAGCAUUACAGCACGACGGUACGUACCGGGCCCUCGGCCCCGAAACUCGGCGCCUUCGUCUCCCACCUCCACGCCCACUUUAACUGGAGUGCCCGCGCCGUCCUGCUCUACGUGGACCGCAAGACCGAUGACCGACCCUACUACUUUACCGUCGAGGGUGUCUACCAGGAGCUGCAGGAUGGCAGCAACCUCACCGUCCGCCACCAUAUCUACUCCCCCGACGAGGGCGGCCCCGACACCGCCGUGCACUUCAUCAAGGCCAACGGGCGCGUGGUGUAUCUCUGCGGGCCGCCAGAGAUGCUGCAGCAGAUCAUGCAGCUGGCACAGCGUGAGAACCUCACAAAUGGAGACUACGUCUUCUUCUACUUGGAUGUCUUUGGCGAGAGCCUACGGGGAGACUCUGCCCGUGACCCCUUCAAGCCCUGGCAGCAGAGCCUGGGCCAGGACUCAGGGCUGCGUGAGGCUUUCCAGAUGGUGCUGGUGAUCACCUACCAUGAGCCCCAAAACCCCGAGUACCAGCAUUUCCAAACGCAGCUGAUCCUGAGAGCUAAGCAGAAAUUUGGGGUACAGCUCAACUACUCCUUGAUGAACCUGGUGGCAGGGUGCUUCUAUGAUGGGAUGCUGCUGUACGCCAUGGUACUGAAUGAGACUCUACAGGAGGGUGGCUCCAAGAAAAAUGCUACCCACAUCAUUGAGAAGAUGCGGGACCGCAAGUUCCAUGGGGUAACAGGGCUGGUGAGCAUGGACAGCAACAAUGACCGGGACACUGACUUCAACCUAUGGGCCAUGGCUGACCCCAAAAGUGGGCAGUAUGAGGUGGUGGGACACUACUCAGGUGUGGAGAAGCAGAUCCAUUGGCUGGGACGACCUAUCCCGUGGGUGAAGGGGGCCCCCCCCUUGGAUAACCCACCCUGUGUCUUCGAUGUGGAUGACCCCUCCUGUGAUAAAACCCCCCUCUCCAUGCUGGCCAUUGUGGCUUUGGGCACUGGUCUCACCUUUGUCAUGUUUGGCAUCUCCAGCUUCCUCAUCUUCAGGAAGCUAAUGCUGGAGAAGGAGCUUGCCAGCAUGCUCUGGAGGAUCCGCUGGGAUGAGCUGCAAUUUGGGAGCCCUGAGCGGUACCACAAGGCAGCAGGCAGCCGGCUCACCCUGUCCCUGCGUGGCUCCAGCUAUGGCUCCCUGAUGACCACCCAUGGGAAGUACCAGAUCUUUGCCAACACUGGCCACUUCAAGGGCAACGUGGUGGCCAUCAAGCAUAUCAACAAGAAGCGCAUCGAAUUGACGCGGCAGGUGCUCUUUGAGCUGAAACAUAUGCGUGACAUCCAGUUCAACCACCUGACCCGUUUCAUCGGGGCGUGCAUUGACCCUCCCAACAUCUGUAUUGUCACCGAAUAUUGCCCAAGGGGCAGCCUGCAGGAUGUCCUGGAGAACGAGAGCAUCAACCUGGACUGGAUGUUUCGCUACUCCCUCAUCAACGACAUUGUCAAGGGAAUGGCCUUCUUGCACAACAGUAUCAUUGGGCACCACGGCAGCCUCAAGUCAUCCAACUGCGUGGUGGACAGCCGUUUUGUGCUGAAGAUCACCGACUAUGGGCUGGCCAGCUUCCGCUCACCCUGCGACGGCGAGGACACUCAUGCUCUCUAUGCCAAAAAGCUGUGGACUGCCCCGGAGCUGCUGCAGAAGGGGCGCCUGCCCACCCCAGGCAUGCAGAAAGCCGAUGUCUACAGCUUUGGCAUCAUCGUGCAGGAGGUUGCCCUGCGCAAUGGCCCCUUCUACAUCGAGGGCAUGGACCUGAGCCCCAAAGAGAUUGUGCAGAAGGUCCAUAACAGCCAGAAGCCCUUCUUCCGCCCUUCCAUUGACAUCGGGGUGCACAGUGAGGAGCUGGCAGUGCUGAUGGAGCGCUGCUGGGCACAGGAACCGGCCGAGCGCCCCGACUUCAGCCAGAUCAAGAUCUUCAUCCGUAGAUUCAACAAGGAGGGCAGCACCAGCAUCCUGGACAAUCUGCUGUCGCGCAUGGAGCAGUAUGCCAACAAUCUGGAGAAGCUGGUGGAGGAGCGGACACAGGCCUACCUGGAGGAGAAGCGCAAGGCAGAAAACCUACUCUACCAGAUUCUGCCCCAUUCUGUGGCAGAGCAGCUGAAGCGUGGGGAGACAGUGCGGGCUGAAGCUUUUGACAGUGUCACCAUCUACUUCAGUGACAUUGUUGGCUUCACUGCCCUCUCAGCAGAGAGCACUCCAAUGCAGGUCGUGACACUGCUGAAUGACCUCUACACUUGCUUCGAUGCCAUCAUUGACAAUUUUGAUGUCUACAAGGUGGAGACUAUUGGGGAUGCCUACAUGGUGGUGUCGGGGCUGCCAGUACGCAAUGGGAAGCUGCAUGCCCGCGAGAUUGUUCGCAUGGCCCUGGCCCUGCUUGAGGCUGUCAAGACUUUCAAGAUCCGGCAUCGGCCCAACGACCAGCUCCACCUGCGCAUUGGCAUACACACUGGUCCUGUGUGUGCCGGAGUUGUGGGUCUAAAGAUGCCGCGGUACUGCCUUUUCGGGGACACAGUGAACACUGCAUCCCGCAUGGAGUCCAAUGGCCAGGCCCUGAAGAUCCACGUCUCAUCCACCACCAAGGAAGUCCUGGAUGAGUUUGGCUGCUUUGAGCUGGAGCUGCGUGGGGAUGUGGAGAUGAAGGGCAAGGGGAAGAUGCGGACAUACUGGCUACUGGGUGAGAGGAAAGACGCCAAAGUCAUCUGAGCCCAGCAGCAGUGGCAAAGCACCCAACCAUGCUGGGGCCACCAUGCUUUCUAGCACCUGGCUCCAUAGGAUGUAUUGGCACCACCCCAUCACUACAGCCUGCUCUACCACAGCCCCCCUGCUUCAGCAGGUCUUGGGCACAGGGGAUCCAGCAGCCAUGGCAUCACCUGCCCCUCUCCACCAGCACCAGCAAAGUCCACCUCCCCCCACAGCCACAGAUGGAAGCAGAGGCACCAGCCUUGAUCCAGCCCAGGGGAUAGAACCCUAUAUCCUCCCGCUCUUGGGGAUCCUGCUGUUCCUGCCCUUUCCCCCAAGGCUCAGCUGGCUCUGAGUCACUCCUGGGGCCUGGCAGCCCCAUAGGGCACUUAGCCAUCUCUUUUCAAUACCUGGCCCCUGGCAGAACCUGUGCCCAUUCUGCCCCCUCCUUGGUGUGGGAGGCAACAGGGGCUCCUGCUGGGACUAAUCCCUUGGCCAGGGCAGGUUCAAUGCUGCAGCUCCCCUCCUCCCCCAUCUCCCCAUCCCCUGUAUAUAGCCCCAUUGGGUCAUGUAAAUAACCACCUCCCCCAGGUGUAAAUAUAGGAGUUGCUGCAAACUAUUUUGUUGAAAUACAAACUGCCCCAAA